AUGGUGUGCCUCCGGCCGCUCCCCGUAGAUCAAGCACGUGAACGGUUCUUCCAGUUGAAGGCCAACUUCGGGCACAUGCUCUCCACCAACACUGAUGAAGCCUGGAUGUCUGCUGAGAAAUCUGCUGAGCAGAGAAAGCGAAACAGGGCAACACGCACGAUACGGCAGAUGCUUGAGAAGAUAAAGGGAGGUCCGGUGGCGAUUGAAGACAUAGACUGGACCCGUCAAAUCAUGUGGAUAGGAUCCUGCAGGGUUGUGGCAGCGAACCUCGCCAGCCUACACUGCCAGCCCACCGACAAGAUUUGCAGCCGUGCCACUACAGAUGACUAUGGAGAAAGAUCCACGUUCUUCUUCAAUGUGACUGGCCUGGCAUCGUGCACCUCCACUCAGCCGGAGGCGGUGGAGGAGUUCGAGGAAGGGGUCUUUGAAUAUUCACUUCAAGAGCCAGGGGAACUUCGCAGUUUUUAUGUGGUGGGAACGACAGCAACCUCUGCUCAUUUGGGACAAGUGAUCCUCCUUCACAAAGACAAUGUUGAACUUAUCAGCAAUGCGUGGAGGGGUGAAAGAUUCAUUGCAGCAGAGGUCGUCCUGUCAGGCACCCAGCAUCGCAUAUGUAUAGUUUCGUGUCACCUCCCCCAUCAAGCGAGACCCAUUGAAGAGUUCGAGGAGUCCCUCAGACAGUUGGUACAGUUUUUAGUGGACCACCAAGACACACCUAUCAUUUUUAUGGGAGAUUUUAAUUGUGAGCCGGGGACUGAAAGGGGGGUCAUGCUUGAUGCUUGCUUCAGCACCAGGGGCGGCAAGAUCGUCAGAACGGGCAUGGCCACCCGCUUUGGUCACGUAUCCCAGUCAGAGCUUGACUACACGGCCUUCAACAAGGCAUUUCAACAGAUUGUCCUCCCUGAAGCAGCAGCAAUAGACACCAAGGCUUUGCAACAUUCCCGGAUUGAACUCGGUAGCGAUCAUUGCUGCGUUACAUGUGAGGUGUCCUUCCACGAUCCCAGGGCGUGUGUAGUGAAGCCUGCAAGGGUGCGACGCACGCGCAACAAGUGCAGACGAUGGUCAGUUGAUCCUAGCCUCGUGGAGACUACUACCCCGCAAGUUCUUGACAAAGUACAAGGUCUGGAUAUCACUGGUCAGUGGGAGGUUCUCAAGCAGCAUUCAACACAAGUCUCUAGACCUGCGCCUUCGCUCAAAUACCGUGAUAGCGAUACCCUGAAGGACCUCUGCCACCGACGCAGGAUCACUGUUAGCAUGGAAGAUCGAGCAACCCUGACAAGACGCAUAUUGUCAUUACGUCAUAUCGAACGAACCAUGUGGGUGCAACAGCUCUAUGAACGGAGUAGACAGGGCGACACGGGGGCUAUUCGGUAUCUUCGACAGAGAAAUCUUCCAGUACAAGGUAGUAUUCAUUCCUUCCUCUCCAAUUCUGGUGGUGCCACACAAGCUGGUCAGCGGGUUCAGGAACACUAUGAGGCCCUUUUCUCUAAACGUGAACCUGCGGAUGAUGCAGACUUGGAGGCCUGCCUGCAGACCUUCCGAGAGCAAGCGCAGCAGUCACACUGCCAAGAGUUUUCGGUUGCGGAGGUGCAGAAGGGAGUUGACCGCCUCAAGCGCUCCAAGGUCACGGGGCCGUCGGGGAUGUCUAAUGAAUACCUUUCAGGACUCUGGGGGAUAGACUCAGGCAAAGAUCUUCUCCUCUGUGUCCUCAACCAGCUCUUGAAAUCGCCCGCGUUGCCACAGGACUUCUAUCAGGCUCAUGUGGCUCUCCUUCCCAAGGCCAAAGAGAUUCUCAGCCCAAAGGACUACCGUCCUAUAAACCUCAUCGAAGCUCUUCACAAACUGUAUUCGUGGUUAUUAGUGGCUCGCUUGCAGCCUGGUUGGAGUACUCCUCGACUCCAGAAAGGUGGAGUCAAGGGGAGCCAAGUGUGCGACGCUUUGUCUUCAGCCCAGGCGAGAGUGACGAAGGAAUCCAAGACUCGCCAAUACAAUAUCUACUUGUCCUGCGAUAUCUCUGCAGCCUUUGACAGUCUUCGUCAAUCCGCGGUGGCGCGCUUCCUGCUGGAACAGUCGCCAAGAGAUCGCCUGCACGAGUCGUGGCAACUCCUGCAACUCAUCCUCCAUCCUUCCUUGGAAUUUCAGUGGCUUUCUAGAGAAUGGAAGGUUGACCAAGUUUGUGGAUUGCAACAAGGGGGCUCUCACAGCGCAGUGGUUUUUAGCUAUGUCUUGGGGAGGGCAGUGCAGUAUUUGGAGGAGAAAUGGAGCUCGGAUGGAGAAGAAUGUCAACACUCGUCCUUCUUUCUUUUAUUUGUGGAUGAUAUUUUAGCCACCUUUAAGGACUGGAGUCAAGCAUCUAGGCUCGUGAGUCAGCUCAUUGAGUUUUUGGCAUCCUUGGGUCUUGCGCUAAACUCUUCCAAGACGAAGGUAAUGUCCCACGAGUCCGUUCUCAGGGCAGGAGCCGACUUUGUGUUCCCGCCGAGCUGUUUUCUGCGAGACCUGUCCUGGGGAACAGAGUGCCUGUACUUGAAGAAGAGGCUCACACAUUUUGAAACGGGGGCUCAGGCAACUCAGGUGGGAUUUGCAGAUUCCACCGCCGUGAUGCUUGAAUCCCUGGGACGAGCCACCCAUGUGGCGUUUGAGUCGCUCAAACAAGCAUUGAGGAGGGGUCACUGGUGCUGUCCUAGGAAAACAAUACAACUGUGCAAUCAAUACCUCGGGGCCACAUGGUUCUGGUACUCGCCGGUUAUGGAGCCCCUACAGAAAUACCUGGUGCAAGUCAGGAGUCUGCAGGUGACUUUCCUCACCCUCAUGCUUGGCUUGUGUGUCCCCAGUUCCUUUGGUCCUCCGGCAGCAGCUUCCUUGAAUAGAACUAGGCGGCGCGCGGUGCUGGUGUUGCUCAAUUGGUUCGUUGCCUGUCAAUGGGUGCACAUUUGGGUCAAGCGACGCUGGGGGUACCUGGGACAUGUGUUGAGAUUCCCUGAGGGCAACGUAACACGUGUUGAUUUACUGGCGCUGUCUAACACCAAACAGGCAGCUCCGGGUCCGUGGCGCCAUCUGCAUGCGUGGGGAAUGAGCUGCCUCAAUGUUGAUGCCCAGCAGCUUAGUGAUAGAGCUCGGGACAGGGAGGCGUGGACAUCUUACACAGCUGAUAUCCUUGACAAAUACGCAUAUCACCACCCAAUUUUCAACCCCGCAACGGCUUCGAAUUGGAGAGAUACAGUGAGGCUUCACACUCCAUGGCGCCUAGCAGUUCAUGUGUGCGUGGCAUCAGCUGGGUGGACGGUCAUGUGGAUUGAUGAGGAGUACGGGUUGCAGGAGUUUACAAGAUUGGGACAGAUCCAAGAGGUUUUACAGAUUUGGCUGCUUUGGAUUCAGUUGGAAUUUGAGGGCCUUGUGAUUGACGUUCAUCUGCAAGAUUGGAUGCAACAGUGCUUCUAUAGUGAGCUAGUUCGGUUUCAUGAGAGUACCUUUAGAUCUUUCAACUUUCUCAUACUCUAUAGUGUCAUUCCUGAAACGUGGGCCGAGAAGCUGAGUCGCCUGCUCUAG